AUCCUACAAGACUGUUUUUUGUUUGUUGUGGGGCCUAACCCGACGGACAAGGCAAAAGACAACACAUGGCAACACUUGCAGGAGUCAUGUCCGUCGUUUUCUUUUAUAUGCGGGCCGGGGCCAUCUUUUGAAGGGCAAUUUUUCCUUCUUGAAAGUUGCCUCUGUGAUUUCAAAGUUCCUCCAGGACAUGCCUUCUGGUGAAAUAAAGCUGUCUAUGCUGGAUUUUCAGCGGCUGAAUUCGCAGACGCAGCGAUGUCUGAAAACUAUCCACAAGGACGUCACAACACACCGACAAAAAAUACGGAGGGAAUUGUCGAGAAACAUCCUUCCACGGAAAAUGAGCUCCCAGUUCAGGGAGAAGGUCGAGGAAGUUCUCCCGAAGAAACUUGGGCUGCUGGAAGAAAAUCCAAGGAGACAGAACUUGAAGGCAAUUUAUGGAUUGCUGUCCGGAUAUUUUAUUUCGAUGUCCGGGCACAGGACAGGGGUACUCAGCAAUAUGCUGGUAUCAGAAGUUGAAGAUUCUGAGGUCGAAAAUGGCAUGACCAUCAUUGAGGCAAGUGUUACUCUGUUGUGUAAGAAAACAGUGUUUACCACGUGUUUGAUUGCAAAAAUGUUUUGUUUAUUUGUUACAGGUGGAAAGCCACAAAUCGGCAGCGACUUAUGGGCACGCCCAACUGUGCCUUUCUGAAACUGAGGUUGGGUGGUUCAUGACCCUUCAUAGUUUGCGCAACAAAUUCGAAGGGUCAGAAUCACCCUACUUUUUCUUUUCAAAGUCGGGGGGCAAAUGUCUUAAGCUUGUCGAGUAUUUUCAACAGCAGUGGUUGGAGCUGGGGUUCUCGGGCUGUUACAACUUCAGGAACCUCAGAACGUCCAUGGUUGACUAUACCAAGAACAUCUCCCCAGCCAAGAGGGCCCUUUUACACAGAUCCAUGUGCCACUCUGACACGGUAGCUUCAAAAUUCUAUAUUCCGCUCAACACGGUGACUGAAGCUGCACAUGUCAGAGAGAUGCAAGAGACGGCGGCUGGUAAGGAGGAGAGGAGGAUGGCGGAAGAUCGGCAGCAAGCAGAGAUGGCGGCUGGUAAGGAGGAGAGGAGGAUGGCGGAAGAUCGGCAGCAAGCCGGAUGCUCCAGCACCCCACCAGUGCAGAAGCGACCUCGGCUGAAGCGGGUUUUAAGGUUCGAGUCUUCCACUGAAGAGGAAGAAGACGAGCCCAGGUCCAAGAUGCAGCUGGUUGUCCAGUCGAGCACGAGCGACACCGACGAUGACUCAGCCUUAGUUCCGGUCAGCCUGAGCUCAUCUGAGAAUUGCUCACCUUAGAUGCGGUCAUAAGUCCACCCCAUCAGAUCUGUAAUUUGUAUGUUAAUUUGUAAAUAGUUAACCCUAGUGUUGUUUAUUUGUUGAGGCUGUUUUUUUAAAAGCUGAAGUUUGAAUUUUUCUAAAUAGUGUUUGUUAGGUAGAUGUAGGUAUGUUUGUUUUCUUUGUUAGCUAGGUUUAUUGA